AUGGACCAAGCUUCGAGAUCCCCCGCCGAGUCGAGAGAACGUGCUGUCUCCUCUGAGCCUUGCUCAACCCGACCCAACCCUUUCGAUGAUCGCGAACUCUCCUCCAUCAAGCGCCGUCGCACCUCUCUCAGCGGAACUUCUGGCGGUGCCUCUGCCUCUGCCUCUGCCUCCCGCAGCCGCUCCGUCGAAACCGUCCACUCCACCCAAGACUCCCAGACCGAUUCGAGACCGGGGCCACAGGAAGACGCCGUCAUGAUCAUCGACUCGGAUUCCUCUGCCCCGCAUACUCCUGAGCACCAACAGGCAGACCCAUCCGAACCCCCCUCCGAACCCAAGUCAAGUAAAGUUACCAUAAACCUCCGCAAUGCACACCAGACCCUAGAGACAAUACCAUCCUCGCCUGUCUCGCCCACGGGUACCGCUGCAGAGUCCCGCGACCCUCAAGAAGACAUUGUGAAGGCCAGUGUGGAGGAUUCGGAAGCAGACAUGCAGCCAACGGAUCAGCCCCCGGUCGCUUCCGCUACAAGUGGCUCGGAUCACGGCAGCCCUGCCGUAGAGAUAAUCGAUAUCGAGCCUGACGAAGAUGAAGGACUCGGUGUGGAUGACCCACGGAGAGAUGAGAUGCAGCUGCAAGCCGAGUACUUGCAAGACCCAGAUUGGGAUGACCCGACAGCUGCCCUGACCAGCUUCAACACAUUUCAUCAGGCCCACGGCGGAACAUUUCUGCAUCUGCUCCGGCUUACACAGGCGCUGGCAGCUAUCAUCCCACGAUUUCCUAAGCUCGUUGACGGCUUUGGUGGCAUCGCUCUUCUUGUGUCUAACUUCCUAGGGGAAAGCUAUCGCAAAGCCCAGCUGUCCUCAAAUUUUGGCUCCGCUGCUGAGCAGGUGAAAAUGAAAUCCUCUUUUGGACCUCAAUUCUACCAGAUACUUUCGACCACUCUAUCGACGUGUAUAGAGAAAUAUGUCAACCACCUGACGUCUGACAGUACCUUGAAGCAGAUCAACGGUCUAACGGAGAUCAUGCGAUAUACCUUACAAGGCGAGCAUGCUAUGGUGACGGACGCAUUGGCUGAUCAUCGACAACGGAAUGCGGCCAUCUCUCCUCAGUCCACCGCAGAGGUCAUGGCCUAUGAAUGGCGCUUCAACACAUUCACCAAGCUCAUCAUGUCCAGCCAGAUGCAAUUAAGAGUUAUGGCUGUUACUCAGAUGUGUUUAGACCUUGUCAAUCUCUGGAAGAAGUAUAACGAGAAUAUGCACGAGCCGCAAAAUCGUGCUGUGCUUAUUUACUUCUCUGAUUUCCUACAGAAAUCAGGACUGGUUACCUACAUCCUGGGCCCAACCUGCCACCCAGAAAUUACCAUUGAGAGCGGCAACAUUAUCGGCUUCCUCCUCGUGACCCAGACCUACACGCAUGAGCUCACGGAUCUCAUGUGGCAGACAGUAACCUCUAGCCAGGAUCCUAGAGUAGCCGAUGCCCUGGUGCGCAUGACGACUCGCGUAACAAACUUGUGGACAUACGACAACAUGGUCUAUCUGUGCAGCAAGAUUCAGUCUCUGCCCAUUGAGGCUUUCAGUCCGACUCUACGAGAUCUUUGUGACGCUAUCUUCAAACAAUUGCUGGAGAAGGCUUUCGAACGAUCCGUCAGCGACAACUUCCCCUACUUCCUAUGCGCACGUCUCAUCAAGGAGUCUUCUGCAUUUGGAACGCCAUCGGCCCCGAUAGCCCAUGUCGACAUACAACAUUUUGCAAUGACAAGAUUCGGCGACAUGCUAAAGCAGCAUCCACCUACCCCGGAAGCCAGGAAGGAGCUCUAUCGCUCCUGCAUACAAGACCUUGCAGACAAAGUGCCGUAUACCCUGGGAAGCCUAUGGGUAAUCGCAGUGCUGAGCCGCCCAUUUCUUGCCAGAGAGCUUCAGAUGCUAACGGCGGACUACGGCUUGACAAAAUUGCUCGUUGAUGAAAUGGAGCAUGCCAUCGCUUCGGGGAAGGAGGCCGGCUUUCCAUGCGUAAUCAGCGGCCAGGUCAACACGCCACGACGGGAUCUAUGGUCAGGCAUCAUACUUCAACAUCCGGGUACGAUUACGGAAGAUCUCGGACCUCGACUAUGGGACAUGCUUGUUGGCCCAAGCGCCGGCUGCCAGGAAGAUCGAUUUGCAGCUUGGCAUGUUCUCAACGCGUCUCUUAGGAGGAGUCGACUCAAUCCUUUCCUGCAAAUGUGUUCGGUGGACUAUCUCCCGAGUCUCCCACCUGACUGCUUCUGUCCGGGCGCUCUCGAGUUUGUCCUGGAGGGCAUAUUGCCGCCUCUCAAUGAGCCUCAUAACAUUCUUCUCGACGACGAGGAUAGUCCUGUGCGAUCGGGGAUUGAACAACUAUGGCGCUUAAUCUUGACUGCACCCGAAAACACAAUUGAACAGCGAGCUAUUCAAGCCCUUGUCCGGGACGUCUACGUGGAGAGCAGGUCGAUCCAGUCGCUGCCUCAUCACAGAGCGCGCAAAGUGCAUCUAGCGUUGGUCACUCGCUGUUUGAAUCAGCUAUCCGCCGCUGCAAGGAAGUUGAAGGCUUUUAGUGACGGCACAACAAGCGGUGAUGAUGAGCCCAUGGUUAUUGUUGCGACAGAUGUGCAAGUUCAGGAACAAGAGCUUCUCUUUGUUCGAUCUCUUGCGGUGAUCCGGGAGUUUCUCAAGCUUCAUCGAGUCAAAGCUCAAUUCGCAAGUCCUGACAUGAGAUCACUGAUCUUGCCAGCAUCAAAUGAUGUAGAGGGAGAGUCGGCGGAGCUUAAGUAUCAAUCAUUUGACGGCGAUAAACAGACUGACGUUAGGCCUCUCGCUAUAGGCAUACGAAACACAGCCGGUUCUCUACUAGCCAGUCUGCGUGACGCCACAGGAUUUGACAACUACCGUAUCUACUACAAAGGCCAACCGUUUGUGCCGAUGGAGCGAGACAUCUGCAAGUCUUUGGAGGAUCUCCAGAUUCACAAUGGUCUGAUACUGGUCAAGCGAGAAUCCGACGAGGUCCCAUCCCCGGCUCGGAUGCGGCCUGGCUCCUCGCCCGUUGAGAUUGAAAUUCUGGCUCAUUUCGAAGAAUUGUGGGACUGCCUGAGCAUGGAGGAGAAGUUGGCGAAUGAGAUCUACCAAUUUCUAGUCAAGUUACCUUUGGAUGAAGGCAUUCUCCUAGCAUUUCAGACGGAGCCGACAGCUCACAAGGACGUGUUCCCGGUCGGCCAGCCGUUCAAGUCUCUUUAUGCGAUACAUGCGCUACAGGAAUACCUUCUGUCUCAAUUUCAUCAGGCAAGAUCGGAAGUAGAUGAGAGCAGUCAAGUCACCAUUACUACUUACUCUGAUGCUCUACGCCGUGCCUUAUCUUUAACAGUUGCUGCGAUCUCUGAUCAUGAGGUAAUUGGGCGAGGAUGUAGUGCAGAUCUGCAAGUCUUCCUGAGUGUCAAGCUUGUGGAGACACUUGUGAAAGUCUUGACAGAUCCAUUCCGGCCUGAAAGUCUCUCGAACUAUCUGGACAAGCCUCUCCUUGACCGCUUGUUUGAGAUUCUUGCAUCUUCAUUAACAUCGAAGUCCAUCGAAAGCUCUACGAAGCUCGCCAACUGUACAUUUCAGGCCAUCCUCGAGUCAUGCUUGGAUUCGAAGGAUAUCACACAGCCAGAUAUGGUUGAUGUUGCAGCCUUCGGGCUGGUCCGACUGUUCCAUUGCAUCGUUUGCUCAGAUGAGUAUCCAGUCGAGUCUGAAAUCUACCCUGCGAGGACCAUGUUGAUUGAGAUUAUCUUUGCCCUCGUAGAGCAAGAUCGAUCGCAGAUGAAGUGGCUCCUAAAUGACCUCAAUAAGUUGGUGCCAUUCGACGAUCGUGAAGACGACGAACCUUACAUUUACGAAUUGCCUCAACAGUUCGAGAGGUCCAAAGCUAUUCGAUCCUCUUGUGGCUACGUUGGAUUACGAAAUCUGUCGAACACAUGUUAUCUUAACUCGCUCUUUACUCAACUGUUCAUGAACACCGGUUUUCGUCGUUUUAUGCUUAAUGCUGAAAUGGAUGUCGACGAGUUCUACAACCUUCUAUUUGAUCGUUGGGAAGGUCAAUUGCUCUCCGCAGAGGCAAAGCGUCAGUUCCGAUCAUUCUACGGCGGACAGCUCGUGCAGCAAGUGAAGUCGAAAGAGUGUGAGCAUAUCUCGGAAAGACUGGAGCCGUUCUCAGCCAUUCAAUGCGAUAUCAAGGGGAAGAACACACUGCAAGACAGUUUGCAGGCCUAUGUGGAUGGCGAGAUCAUGGAAGGAGACAAUAAGUACAAAUGCUCCACCUGCGACCGACAUGUCGAUGCUGUAAAGAGGGCGUGUCUCAAGGACAUACCAGACAACUUGAUCUUCCAUCUCAAGCGCUUCGACUUCAAUUUGCGGACACUCCAACGAAGCAAGAUUAAUGACUACUUCGCAUUUCCUAACCGCAUCGAUAUGCGCCCAUAUACCAUCGAACAUCUGAGCAACUCGACCGAGGAUCUGCCGAGCGACAUUUUUGAGCUCGUCGGCGUGCUUGUUCAUUCCGGAACGGCAGAGUCAGGACAUUACUACUCAUACAUUCGGGAGCGCCCAACAGCAAACAAGAGUGAGACAUGGGUCGAGUUCAACGACGACAUCGUCACAUCCUGGGAUCCUGCUCAGAUGGAAAAUUCUUGCUUUGGUGGACCCGACUACCGACCUCCUUUCGACGCCAAUGGCAUUGUUUACGAGAAGAACUACAGCGCAUAUAUGCUCUUCUAUCAGCGUUCUUCAUCACUUCAGAAAGAACAGGAUGAACUGCUCGACUCCAAACUACCGAGCCCGCUUCACGUCGAUAUGCCCGAGCCGCUUGCCGAGACCAUUUUAGCAGAGAAUGCGUCCCUUCUCCGCAGACAUUGCAUCUAUGAUCCAGCGCACAUCAGAUUUGUAGACCUAGCCGUGGAACAAGCACGAGCCCUUGAGAAGGGGAUUUGCUCUCUUGACCACGUGAUGGAAGACAUGGCGAUCGAGAUGGCUCUUAGCCACCUUGACCAAGUCGCAUCUCGCACGAAGGAUGUGCCUGACUUCCGAAAGCUCUGGUCUCGGAUCCAAGAAAUGUGCCAGGAUUGCAGCAAAUGCUGUCAGGCAGUCUAUGAGUACUUUCGCGAUCGCCACGAGGUGUUGAAGAUGCUUGUGCAACGAAACCCGGAGCCAUUCGUUCGCCUUGAGAGCGGCUACUUGCUCAUUCGAGCUCUAGAAGGUAUCAAAGAAGACUAUCCUGAUACAUAUUGCAUUCCAGCGAAUAUAAGGGACGAAAUGGAGUGCAAUGGCGAGGACAACCUCGAUGUUGUUCAUCAUGUCGCACUAAUGUUCAGGAGCUUGUGGGAUAGCUUCCAUCAGGCCUUGCGGUCAUGGCAUGAAACAUUCGGCUUGAUGCUAGCCUUUGUCAAGUUAGGCCGCGCUGAGAUGUCUGCAUUUUUGGAACAGGACUACCUUCGAAAACUUCUCUACAUCAUCAUGGCCGAUACCCAGAUGGAGCUACCACCUCAAUACUCGCGUAUGCUAGUCGCUGUCUCGCGUAGGAUGGCAACCCGUCCUCCGUCCUACGAGAACAUCAUUGCGCUCAUUGACACACUUCUCACCAACAUGACUAUUGAAUAUAGCGACCAGGGCGAGCUGCUCUUGCCUGAAGAUUGCGAUACGCGCAUUGAAUGGAUGUUACUUGAGGAACAAGAGCCUUUGUAUCUCACGAAGCCAGAACAUAUGGCUCUGCUCCGAGUCUGGGGUAGAGAUCAGGCUAAUAUAUUCGUGGACAAGCUGAUCUCCAUCAAUCAGAACCAUCCAGCCACAGACUCAAUCAUCACAUAUCUCUUGAAACGCAGCCGCCCGGCCGAUUAUAAGAUCUAUCUGACCUUGCGACUGAGUAUCACUAGUCAAAUUACAACGCAUAUCAUUGCGCCAUACCUGCGGGUGGCUGUGGUCUAUUGUCGUGUCAGUCACAAACCAGACAACAUCCACAAUCUUAUCCAAUACGUCGCGGAGCAGUGUAAGACACUGCAAAAUGGCGAAGGCAGAGCCUUCUUUGAAUUCCACCGCGACGUAUUCGAUGGUGAGCGUCAAAACUCGGACGAGACGCUUCAGCAGGUCAUCUUGCAAGGCCUCGGCAACAUCUCAGCUUGGGCACCUGGUCUUCUUGGCUUCUAUGACCCUAUCGUUAGUGGCGAGGUUGAGAACUUUCUGCAUGAAAAGGUCUUCAAGUUCGGCCGAUCACCGGCAUUUUCUGACGACCAAGGCGGUCAAGAGAGGUCAGCGGCCACGGACAACUGUGCCCGAAAUCUCGGCGUGGAGUGUCUUUUGUAUUUGAAGGAGAACUUUGUCAGACGAAACGCACCGGUGGCUAAUCACCUGGUCGCCGCAUUGCAACGUGUUGUGACACAAUGCCAGAAGUAUUACAACCUCGAAGACAAUAGCGCGGAUGAGCUUGAUGAGGAGUUUGUCAGGCUGAGCCAAAGUGUCCUGCCAGCACUUCACAGGUUGACCGUGGAAGAGCUCGAGGAAGACGCCUCCGACUGGGAGAACUCCUCUGCCGCGUCAGACCAGAUGGACAGCAUAGGCGACCUGCAGACUACGGGCGAUCUAAACGAUGUCGAUAUUUGA